AUGCCGGAGGGCGUGACGGACCCGAAUUAUCAGCCUCUCCCCGGAAGGUUGGGCAAUUUGACGGUCAUCCAGCUUCAUGGGCUUGAGAAGUUGAAGAAGGAGCUGCAGGAGGAGGGUGUUUUUGUAGAGGAACGGAUGGAUGAUGCGAUGUUGUUGAGGUUCUUGAGAGCGCGCAAGUUUGAUCAUAAUAAGACCAAGGAGAUGCUUUUGGAUGCGGAGAAGUGGAGGAAGGAGUUUGGUGUUGAUGAUAUUGUAAAGAACUUUGAUUUCAAGGAAAAAGAAGAAGUGGACAAGUAUUAUCCUCAGUAUUAUCACAAAAACGACAAGGACGGCCGCCCAGUCUACAUCGAGCGCCUCGGCCAACUCGACAUCAAAGCCCUCUACCUCGCCACAACACCCGACCGCCAACUCCAACGCCUCGUCUUCGAAUACGAGAAAUUCCUAACAGAGCGCAUCCCAGCAUGCGCCAAAGCCGCGGGCCACCCCGUCGAAACGUCCUGCACGAUCCUAGACCUCAACGGCGUCUCCCUCUCCAACUUUUACCGCGUCAAAGACUACGUCAACAAAGCUUCCUCGGUCGGACAGAAUCGGUACCCUGAGACGAUGGGCAAGUUUUAUAUCAUCAAUGCGCCUUAUCUGUUUUCGGCCGUGUGGGCGAUUAUUAAACCGUGGCUUGAUGAAGUGACCGUGUCGAAGAUUGAGAUUUUGGGAUCGGGGUAUAAGGACGCGUUGUUGAAGCAGAUCCCGAAGGAGAAUUUGCCCGUGGAGUUUGGGGGGACGUGUGUUUGUGAGGGACGGUGCUCGAUGGCGGAUGCGGGGCCUUGGAACCCUAAACCCCAGGUACAGGACAAGUCGACGUAG